UAUUUUCUUACAUAUAAAAAAAGAGUCUGAAAUUGAAAAAAUAAAUAAAUGAAUAAAAUUUGAUGACACAACAGACACGCGAACAUAUCCAUAUUAGCGUCUCAACGGUUCUUGGCAACUCUUGUUACCAGAAAGGUAGAGAGAGAGAGAGAGAGAGAGAGAGAGAGAGACAGAGAUGGAGAACAAAGAUGAACUUGUGUCUGUUGAACUCCCAGCUCCUUCUUCGUGGAAGAAAAUGUUUUACCCGAAGAAGGCAGGUACAGCGAGAAAGAGCGAGAUCGCGUUCAUUGCCCCGACGGGUGAAGAGAUCAGCACACGCAAGCAACUGGAGCAGUACCUGAAAGUGCACCCGGGCAAUCCUGCAAUCUCAGAGUUUGACUGGACGAUCGGUGAGACCCCGAGGAGAUCAGCCAGGAUCAGUGAGAAAGCAAAGGCAACUACCACUCCGACACCAGAGAAGGAGCCACUCAUGAAGAAACGGAGAUCAUCCCUCACGAAGAAGGAGAACAAAGAGGAGGGUAGAAAAGAUGUACAAACAGAAAACCCGGUGGCUGAAAAAGCAAAUGGAGAUGGCAAAAAGGAUGUGCAACCAGAAAAGGCUGAUUCCGAGGCUGAGAACAAAGAGGAGGGUGAAAAGGAUGUACAAGCAGAGAAGGCUGGAGAUGAGAAGGAGAGCAAAGAGAACGAGGGUGAAAAGUAUGCGAUGGAGACAGAAAAUGUUGAGUCCGAAAAGGAAAAGGGUGUGGUCGAGGAGAAAGAGUCCAGGAACGGUGGAAGGACUGAAGAAUCUGCUAAAGACGAAGGCCCAAAGGACACGGAAAUGAAAGAGAAGACGGAAGAUGCUACCAAGGGGGAGAAAGACAAACCCGCAGAGGAAAAGGCCGAAGAAAAUGCUGGCAAUGUGACAGCAGAAGCAACAAACAGGGAACGGGUGGCAACUGAUGGUGAACCAAGCCUUCCGGCUGAAGCAGAGGCGAAAGGAAAGGAAACCCAGAAAGCCGACGAGAAGGCAGAAACUGAAGAGGCCGCCACAGCAGAAGAGAAGGGCAAAGCAGUGAACGAAGGAGACUCAAACGUGAAUGUAAAAGUGAAUCAAGAUUCGCAACAGCUGCCAACUUCAGUAAGUUGUUGAAAAGGCAGUGUCUUAAUCCGUUGUGUCUGACGUGAGAAGAGUCGUGGAUUUUUUAACGUUAUGGUCAUCUGAUGUAUCAGUUGUUUAGAAUUUGAUGGUUUGUAUGUUGUAGGGAUUAAUAUGAUAUUUGACGCUGUAGUAUGCAGACAGUAGGACGUAGUUCGGACAUUUGUAUCUCUUUUGUUCUCGUAGUUUCGUCUCUGUGAA